AUGGGCCCAAACCCAGAGGAGGCCACACUUCCUGUCUGCGUGAACAUCUGGCUGCAAGCAUCUUUAGGAUUCCAUCAAUGCCACAGCAAGGGGGGAAACCCCACAGCUGAAAAAAGCCGCCUCAGCAGUCUGAGCCUGAGCCUGAGCCAGAGCCAGAGCCAGAGCCAGAGCCAGAGCCAGAGCCAGAGCCAGAGCCAGAGCCAGAGCCAGAGCCAGAGCCAGAGCCAGAGCCAGAGCCAGAGCCAGAGCCAGAGCCAGAGCCAGAGCCAGAGCCAGAGCCAGAGCCAGAGCGCAUCAACUCCAACAACCUCUCAGUCAUCUUGCAGAGCUCUGAGCUGCAGAUCCGGCCCUGCCAAGAGCUGUGGAGCCAGAGGAAUGAGGGAUGGAUGCCCCGGGCUGUGCAGCGGGCACGGGCGCUGCACCCUGGAGCAGAGCGGCUGGCGCUGCGUCUGCCAGGCGGGAUGGAGUGGGCCUGGAUGCAGCGUUGUCAUGGAAACUGACUGCAGUGAUGGAACAGACAACGACGGAGAUGGCCUCAUGGACUGCGUGGACCCUGAUUGUUGCGAGCAGCUGAGUUGCGGCUCGGACCCUCUGUGCCACGGCUCCACGGACCCCUUGGCCCUGCUGCAGCAGAGCCCGUUGACCCCCGCCGUACCCCCCUCGCCCGCCGGCACACACAUGCACAGCUUCUACCGCCGCAUACGCUUCCUCCUCGGCAAAUCGGCCACACACACUCUCCCUGGAGACGUGCCCUUUGAUACCAGUCGGGUAGCUGUGAUUCGAGGCAGCGUGGCGUUGCAGGACGGCUCUCCUCUGGUUGGCGUCAACAUCACCUUCCCGCAGCAUCCAGAGUACGGUUACACCAUCAGCAGGCAGGAUGGGAGUUUCGACCUGGUGACCUUGGGCGCCAUGGCCAUGACCUUGAUGUUCCAGCGGCCCCCCUUUCUGCCACAAACACGCACCAUUUGGACGCCAAACAACAACUUCCUGGUUCUGGAUCAGGUGACCAUGUCCAGGGAAGAAGCUCCGCCUCCCAAAUGUGACAUCAGGACGGUUUUGAGUCCCUACCCGCUGGUGCUGCCAUACCCGCUCCCCAGAUACAUGGGAGCGUGUGCAGAGAAGGGGCCCGCAGUGCCGGAGCUACAGGCGGUGCAGGAUGAAGUUUCGAUCCCCGGGGCUUUUUUGAAGCUGAACUAUUUGAGCACCCGCGCUGCAGGCUACCUCUCUCUGCUGAGAAUCCUCCUCACCCCUCCCUCCCUGCUGUCCCCCGUCUCCCCACUGGGCGGUCUGUCCAAGGUGCAUGUCCGCGCCUCGGUCCAGGGCAGGAUGUACCAGCGCUGGUACCCCGCGGGGCCCGGCCUGGUCCACAGGCUGGUGUGGAACAAGACGGACGUUUAUGGACAGGAGGUCUGGGGCCUCACUUAUGCUACUGUAUCCGUCGGCUACGAGUAUGAGUCAUGUCCGGGCGUCAUCCAAUGGGAGAGGAGGACUGCUCUGAUGCAGGGAUUUGAACUGGUCCCCUCAAACCUCGGGGGCUGGUCUCUGGACAAACACCACGCCCUCAACAUACGCAGUGAGAGAGAGCGCGGUGUGUAUGUGUGUGGGAGGGCCACGAGGCUACCGGCGCCCACGGACGCCACUCGCACCGUCACACCCAGACGGAGUUCGCCCGUCCGUCCUCGCCCCGGACAGUCUAGCGAACAAUACCAUAAAUGA